AUCGAGGAGGAGUAGAUGAGUACCCAAGGCCGGGAGACUGAGGGGAGGACCCGAGGGUCAGCUACUUGUGCCCAGCUGCAGUAGUGGGAAGAGCCGGGCACCAGAUCCCCUCUGCCACUGCAGCAGAAGGCCUGGUGCCGGAUUCAAGGUGACGGCAGUGCCUGGCUCCAUUCUCCUCAAGUUGCCAUAGCAGCCUGUCUCCCGAUGAACAGCAUCUCCCGUAGCCCUCAGCCGGAGAGACGGCAUUGUUCACUCCUGCCUGUGUGAGGAGGAAACACCCGGACAGAGAACUUUCCUGGGCCUGGGGCCCACUGACCACGUGGGUAUACCCAAGCUGUCUGGCGUUAGGUGUGGGGGUGGGUCCCCACGAGCCAGAGGGGUCCUCUGAGUGACUGAGAGCAGCAUCCAGGCCCUGGAGCAGCCACAGCCAGGCGUGUCCUUGGAGUCGUCCACGUGUCCGGCUGUCGCCACUGGAGACCCCGGCCUGAUGGAUGUCUGGUGUGGAUAAUGAGGAAAGAAUGUGCCUUUGACACCCAAGAGGUGACCCUGGAGCGUGCCCCGGAUGACCCCACAACUUGGAACAAUGCGGCUAGCCUGCAUGUUCUCAUCCAUCCUGCUGUUCGGAGCUGCGGGCCUCCUCCUCUUCAUCAGCCUACAGGACCCUGUAGAGCUCACCCCCCAGCAGGUUCCAGGCAUGAAGUUCAGCAUCAGGCCCCAGCAGCACGAUGGCCACUUGAGAAUACCCACAGAGAGGAUCACACGAGAUUCAACUAGCGGAUCCCCAAGAGGCCUCCAACUUCAGGUACCUGACCAGCCUCGACCUCAUCCGAAGGCGAAGGCAGCGGGGUCUCCUUUGCGACUCCGGCAGCGGAGGCGGAGACUGCUCAUCAAAAAGAUGCCAGCUGCAGGGACCUUCAGAGGCAUCAACUCGUCUGAGACCUUUGUCCAGCCAAGACCCCACACCAUGGACAGUCGCUGGGCCAGCCUGCAUCAGAGCCAGCAGGAGCGCAAGCGUGUGAUGCGAGAAGCCUGUGCCAAGUACAGGGCCAGCAGCAGCCGCAGGGCUGUCACUCCGCGCCACGUGUCCCGCAUCUUCGUGGAGGACCGCCACCGUGUACUGUACUGCGAGGUGCCCAAGGCAGGAUGCUCCAACUGGAAGCGGGUGCUCAUGGUGCUUGCAGGGUUGGCCUCAUCUACUGCCGAUAUACAACACAACACUGUCCACUAUGGCAGCGCCCUCAAGCGGCUGGAUACUUUCGACCGUCAGGGCAUCGUGCACCGCCUCAGUACCUACACCAAGAUGCUCUUUGUCCGGGAACCCUUUGAGAGGCUGGUCUCCGCUUUCCGAGACAAGUUUGAGCAUCCCAACAGCUACUAUCACCCUGUCUUUGGCAAGGCUAUCCUGGCCCGCUACCGGGCCAACGCCUCGGGGGAGGCACUGCGGACUGGCUCCGGUGUGCAGUUCCCAGAGUUCAUCCAGUACCUGCUGGAUGUCCAUCGGCCCGUGGGCAUGGACAUCCACUGGGACCACGUUAGCAGACUGUGCAGCCCCUGCCUCAUCGACUAUGACUUCGUGGGCAAGUUCGAGAGCAUGGAGGACGAUGCCAAUUUCUUUCUGCAUCUCAUCCACGCGCCUGGGAACCUGACCUUCCCGAGGUUCAAGGACAGGCACUCUCAGGAGGCUCGGACCACGUCGAGAAUCACCCAUCAGUACUUUGCGCAGCUCUCCUCCCUGCAGCGGCAGCGAACCUACGACUUCUACUACAUGGAUUACCUGAUGUUCAACUACUCCAAGCCUUUCUCGGACCUGUACUGAGGGGUGAGGCCUGCUGGUCAGGGGAGGGCCUUGUCUGCCCACUCACCUGUGCAUAGGCUAUACCGCGGGCCUCAGAUGAUGUGAGGUGUGGUGGCUGUGGCCCUACGUGGGGGAUAGAGGCCCAGACAGUGGACCUUCACUCUUGUCCCUCACCCAUCUCCUCAUUGGGUUGGCUGAGCUUGCUUCUGAGUACUCGGAUGCUCCGAGCUCAGCCAAGAUGCUGACAGGGAAGCCUGAGGGCCCCAGCAGUAAGGGAUGUCCCGCAUUCCCUUAUCCUCUGCCUUGUACCAGACCAUGAGGUCUGCUGCUUUUCUAUGACCAGGGAAGGUCUGAAUAAAGCACAUGGUUUUCAGAG